AGUCGCGAGCCAGCAGCAUCACACAGCCGGGCGAAGAUGGCGGAUUUCUCAGGCGAUGCUGUCAACAAGACUUUGAAUUAACAGCUCUUUCAAAACUUACCCGGUGUCCUGAGACUUGUUUUUUUGGAUAGCCGGGCUCUUGGAGAAGUCUUAUUGGUUACAGGGGAAGCUGGAGCCAAUCCCCACCUGGGUAAUCUUUUUAAAAACUGGUGAAAUAGAGGAACAACAGCCAGGAUGCGGAAUACAACUGUGAUUCAGCUUCUAACAAAGCCUUUCAACUGCACUGCACACACCGUCUUGGCUGGUCUCUGAAAGGUUUAUUGGGGUUCUGCACUACUCAGGACUGUGCGGGGGCUGGACGUUUGUCACUGUCACUCUCUGUCCGUUCUCUCGAUGUCACCACGGAGACAGGAGGAGGAUGCAGGGAUAGAAACCUGCAAUUAUUGCACAUUUUUACACAAUUGGAGGAGAAACUGACGGAUUCAGUCACUGACGACAGGAAGCCCCGUCCACAUCAAGAAGAUUACUUUUUCCUAGCAUGGCCGGACUGGGUUUCUGCAGGGGGCGUUGUUCACCAUUCUGCCCCUGUGUUGAUCAUCCUUGGAGCAGCCAUUGCUGAGAGCUGCAAAAGCGCAUAGCCACACUUCUCCGUUACCAGUAAUCGUGUCACAUAGAAUCGUACAUGUUUGUGGCAGCGUAAAAGGCAUGAGCGAGAGAGGAGAGAGACACAGCUGAAACGUUGAGGCAGAGGACUGUUGGAAGAAGCAAGCGCAAGAAACCCAAUCGUCUUAAGGCUCUGGAGGAAGCUGGUACGCUGUGCUGGAUAUAGAGUGCACACGAGUUGAUAUACAGCAACCUGACUGCAAAGCAAACACGUUGAGACGAGGUGGCCAGAGACAGAGUUUACAGCAGGAGGCUAGUCAUGGGCUAUAGGGGCCAUGGUGACUUAGCGUAAAUGGCUCCUCUUUGUUCAAAGUGUGUACCAGUGUGUGCUGCUCAAUCCGAUUCUUCCUUUCUCUUUUCCCCCUAUAUUACCUCCUCAUCUGGCUGUGAAAGUCUGCUCACCCCUAUUGCGCCCUUGUUCCUGCUCUCGCUCUGUGGCGAUGGGGCUGUGGAAGCUCCUGCGGGGCGUCAGGCAGCUGGAGCUCCACCGCCUCAUCCUAGUGCUCAUUAUCUUUUGCCUGCUGUCUAUGGCACUCCUGGCUUACUAUGUCAGCAACAGUCCCAAGAUAAAGGAGGCACCUCCAUUGCCCUUCAGUGACUGUGGUGAAGUGGUCGCAGCGGGGGAUGGCCUGCAGCGGGUACCGCUCUUCCUGCCCCCGUUCACUGGCCGCCAUCGGACUGUCAAAGCAGUCGACAACUCUCGCACGGAACCUGUGGUGCUAGUGUUUGUAGAGAGCAUCUACUCCCAGCUGGGACAGGAGAUCGUAGCCAUCUUGGAGUCCAGUCGCUUCCGUUACCACACGGAGAUUGCCCCUAGCAAGGGCGAUAUGCCCACUUUGAUGGAGCGUGACCGGGGCCGCUAUGCUCUAGUCAUCUAUGAGAAUGUCCUUAAAUAUGUCAACUUGGACGCAUGGAACCGAGACCUUCUCGACAAGUAUUGCUCAGAGUUUGGUGUGGGUAUUAUCGGCUUCUUCAAAGCCAACGAGAAUUCGCUGCUUAGCGCUCAACUUAAGGGCUUUCCUCUUUUCCUGCACUCUAACUUGGGCCUGCGGGACUACAGAAUCAACCCUGCGGCGUCGCUGCUAUACAUCACCAAGCCCAACGAAGUGGAGCAAGGUCCGCUGCCAGGUGAUGACUGGACUGUUUUCCAAUCCAACCACAGUACCUAUGAACCUGUGCUACUAGCCAGCACAAAGUCAUCAGAGGCCCUAGCUCACCUUGGCCCCCAUCGAGUCCUGCAUGCGACUGUGGUGCAGGACCUGGGCUUUCAUGAUGGAAUCCAGAGAGUUUUGUUUGGCAACAACCUCUCAUUCUGGCUGCACAAGCUGAUUUUUGUAGAUGCUAUCGCUUAUCUAACUGUAAAGAGACUAUGCCUUUCUCUGGAGAGACACAUACUUGUGGAUGUGGACGACAUCUUUGUGGGAAAGGAAGGAACGCGCAUGAAAGUGUCCGAUGUGAAGGCUCUCCUGAACACACAAACCAAACUACGAACACUAGUCCCGAACUUCACUUUCAACCUCGGCUUCUCUGGAAAGUUCUACCAUGCAGGGACUGAAGAGGAGGAUGAAGGUGAUGACAUGCUGCUCCAGCACAAGGAGGAGUUCUGGUGGUUCCCUCACAUGUGGAGCCACAUGCAGCCACACCUCUUUCACAAUGUCAGCGUGUUGUCUGAGCAGAUGAGGCUCAACAAACUCUUUGCACAGGAGCAUGGGAUCCCCACAGAUAUGGGCUAUGCUGUGUCACCACACCACUCUGGCGUUUACCCUGUACACAGUCAGCUCUACGAGGCCUGGAAGAACAUUUGGGGAAUUCGGGUGACGAGCACAGAAGAGUAUCCCCACCUGAGACCAGCCCGCCAUCGCAGGGGGUUCAUACACAAUGGAAUACAGGUGUUGCCCAGGCAGACAUGUGGUCUGUUCACACACACUAUCUUUUAUAAUGAGUACCCUGGAGGUUCUCGUGAGCUGGACAAAAGCAUCCGUGGAGGAGAGCUCUUCCUCACAGUUCUUCUCAACCCAAUCAGCAUCUUCAUGACUCACUUGUCUAACUAUGGAAAUGACCGCCUAGGCCUCUACACCUUUGAGUCUCUUGUAAAGUUUGUGCAGUGCUGGACCAACUUACGACUUCAGACCCUGCCCCCGCUGGAACUGGCAGAAAAGUACUUCCACAUCUUUCCAGAGGAGAGGGACCCACUGUGGCAGAACCCCUGUCAUGAUAAGAGACAUAAAGACAUCUGGUCUAAAGAGAAGACUUGUGAUCGAUUGCCCAAAUUUCUUGUUAUUGGCCCCCAGAAAACAGGAACCACAGCCUUGCACUCUUUCCUCACCCUGCACCCAGCGAUCACGAGCAGCUUCCCCAGCCCUGUCACUUUUGAGGAGAUCCAAUUCUUCAAUGGUCCCAACUACCACAAUGGCAUUGACUGGUACAUGGACUUCUUCCCCUUCCCCUCAAAUGUGAGCACAGACUUCAUGUUUGAGAAAAGUGCUAACUACUUUGACACAGAGGUGGUCCCCAAGAGGGCUGCAGCCUUAUUACCCAGGGCCAAGAUCAUUGCUGUGCUCAUCAACCCAGCAGACAGAGCUUACUCCUGGUACCAGCACCAGCGAGCUCAUCACGACCCAUCUGCGAUAAACUACACCUUCCAUCAGGUGGUGACAGCAGGACCUUCAUCCUCUAAAGAGCUCCUGGUGCUGCAGAGCCGUAGCCUCAAGCCUGGAGAGUACGCUUCUCACCUGGAGCGAUGGCUGCUGCACUUUCAGUCCAAACAGUUACAUAUAGUUGAUGGAGCUAUGCUGCGCUCCAAUCCUGCCCUGGUGAUGGAGGGCAUCCAGAGGUUUCUCGGAGUCACCCCUAUUUUUAACUACACCCAGGCUCUCAUGUUUGAUGAGGGUAAAGGGUUCUGGUGCCAGAGGAUAGAGGGAAGUCGUCCUAAGUGUCUGGGGAAGAGCAAAGGCAGGAAAUAUCCAGAAAUGGCUCCAGAGGUACUGCAGUGUGCGAUUUCUCCUAAACACUUAGCUUUCUGCUCAUUGUUCUCUAAGAUUGCAGAAGGACACAGUGCGAGAGUCUCCCUGAUAGCGGAAUGUGAUUUAAUCGGUCACACUGUCAAACCUUGCCCCUUUCUUUUACUUAUUUUUGUCGUAUUUUGUUUUUAACCUUCUUUUCAGGAUACUCCCUCAAAAUAUUGUCCUACUAUAUCCUUGCUUGUAAUUUGCAGUUGCAUUUGUAUGAAAAAUGUCAGUCUGGGAAACUUGGGAGGAGGUCAGUAUGGAUUCCUGGAAAUUCUCAAAUUGCAAAAUAUGGUUUUAGUAAUGGAGCUCCCUGUGAAAAACUAAAGGGACUUAUUUUCUUCACAGAAUAACUUUAUUGGUUAUUAAUUGAUGGACAAUAAUAUACAAAAGGGUUGCAAUCAGUUUCUAUAGAAUUAUUUCUGAAAGUAUUAAAGGGAUAUGAUUAUCAUACCUUAAGCCUCGGUCACAACCGGCCGUACGUGCUCCUACGGCCGGUCUACGUGCAAGAAACGCACGGAGGGCGUGCGUGUGACGUGCUGAUUUUCGAGCCGUACACUGGCCGCAGACCAGCUGCAGAGGUUCUUUGUCAUGUCAAACAAACUCUAUGGGCGCUUAUGUUUUUUUCCAGGUUGCAAGACAAACUUGCGGCCAACGCACGUCUUUCUCCAUGAACAAAAAAAAAAGCAGCGAUUUGGGAAACGCCAAAAAUUGCACGGCCCAAAAAUCGUACAUCCGGUUGUGACCUAAGCUUUAUGUUGCAGAAUGUCCUGUCAAAAUGCAGAAAAUAUAUAUGUAUUUUUUUCAAUAAUAUGUGCGCACACAUCGGAAAAAACCAUUGAGGAAUCGGAUGUUUCAUUUAUUUGCAAGCCUCAAGAUUUCUGAAAUGCAAGCCACGUUUUAUUAAAUUAGUAAUUUUUACUGAAUUCAAUUCCCAGACUGUGGGUCUGAAUUUCCUUUAUAAACUUAUUAUUUGAAAGGCUGAGGGUUCCAGUGCAUCCUAGUUUUGAAAAAGAAAUAAAGCUAGACUAAUUAAGCUUAAGAUUUAUCCUCAGCUCACAUGACACUUGUGUAAUAAACAGUCUUGUCACUCGGUUUCAUAGGUUUACCGACUUUUUUUUUUUAAACUGCAUAAUCCAACUGCAGUAAAAUCUCUUCUGAAAAGAAGACCCAGCUACGAUAAUGCCACAGUUCAAGUUCUCAUAAGUUUUGAAGUUGUUGAUGGGCUUUGGUUUUGAAUUGUUUAAUUAGUCUUGGAUUUCACCUGAUAGGUUCAUUGUUGCAUAUUCUUUGGAUGUAGCUUAAUUAUUUUCAACUUGACAGCCAAGUGUGACGGUGAGUAAGCUUAUAUACUUUGUUUAUAAUAUUCUGGUGAAACCUUUUAACAGGUUUUCGGUUGCUAAUUGAGGAAUGAUUUGUGUGUGGGGUUUUUUUGUUGUUGUUGUUUUUUUAAGUGGUGAUUAAGGGCUGUAUUUUAGAUUUUCUUGCCAGGGAGGAUAAUCUGUGUGCAACACUUGCUGUGUAUGGUUUAUUUAUUUAUUUCCCCAAAAAUAACAGUUGGAACCGGAAUGAUGCAUGUUUUUGUGUGUU